UUAUCAUUCAUCCACUUUCUCUCUCUCUCCGGCCCAGGCUUCACCUCUUCCCUGUCCGAAUCCGACUUAAUUCACCGUCCCCGCUUCAUAUAUCUUUCCCUCUAAUCCUCUCACGACUUGAACGAUUCUCCUCUCCCCUCUUACAUCGUAUGGAAGCAAUUAAUACAUAAUCUCUUGCAAUCAUGGCUGUCCCCGACGCUACUCCCUCGCCCAACGGCCACGCCAGCUCGAGAGCCGCCAAAUAUAACCUCCCUUCACAUUUCAUCGGUGGUAACCACCUGGAUGCCGCUUCUCCAAGUAGUGUCAAGGACUUUGUCGCUGAACAUGAGGGUCACUCCGUCAUCAGCUCGGUUCUCAUCGCCAACAACGGUAUUGCCGCCGUCAAAGAGAUUCGCUCCGUCCGAAAAUGGGCCUACGAAACAUUCGGGAAUGAGCGUGCCAUUCAAUUCACAGUCAUGGCCACCCCAGAAGAUCUCCGGGCAAAUGCCGACUAUAUCCGGAUGGCUGAUCAAUAUGUCGAGGUUCCCGGUGGUACAAAUAACAACAACUACGCCAACGUUGAGCUGAUUGUCGAUGUCGCCGAGCGAAUGGAUGUCCACGCCGUCUGGGCCGGUUGGGGUCACGCCUCAGAAAACCCCCGCUUACCGGAAGCUCUGGCGGCCUCGCCCAAGAAGAUCAUCUUCAUUGGCCCCCCCGCCUCCGCCAUGCGCUCGCUCGGUGAUAAGAUCUCGUCCACCAUCGUCGCCCAGCACGCCGGUGUCCCCUGUAUCCCCUGGUCCGGAUCCGGGGUCGAUGAUGUGCGUGUCGAUGACAAUGGCAUCGUGACCGUCGAGGAGGAUGUUUACAAGCGCGGUUGCACCUUCUCCCCGCAAGAGGGUCUGGAAAAGGCCAAGGAGAUCGGUUUCCCCGUCAUGAUCAAGGCCUCCGAGGGGGGUGGCGGCAAGGGAAUCCGCAAGGUCGAGAGUGAGGACAAUUUCGUCUCCCUGUACAACGCCGCCGCCAACGAAAUCCCCGGUUCCCCCAUUUUCAUCAUGAAGCUGGCCGGCAACGCCCGUCACUUGGAAGUCCAGCUGCUGGCCGAUCAGUACGGCAACAACAUCUCCCUCUUCGGUCGUGACUGUUCCGUGCAACGCCGGCACCAGAAAAUUAUUGAAGAGGCCCCCGUCACCAUCGCCAAGCCCGUCACCUUCCAGGCCAUGGAGCGCGCCGCCGUGAGCCUGGGCCGACUCGUCGGUUACGUGUCCGCCGGUACCGUCGAGUAUCUGUACUCGCACGCCGAUGACAAGUUCUACUUCCUCGAACUCAACCCCCGUCUGCAGGUCGAGCACCCCACCACCGAGAUGGUGUCCGGCGUGAACCUGCCCGCCGCCCAGCUCCAGAUUGCCAUGGGAAUCCCGCUGCACCGCAUUCGCGAUAUCCGGCUGCUCUACGGCGUCGACCCCAACACCGCCUCGGCCAUCGACUUUGAUUUCGCGAGUGAAGAGAGCUUCAAGACCCAGCGCCGCCCGCAACCCAAGGGCCAUACCACCGCCUGCCGCAUCACCUCCGAGGACCCCGGCGAGGGCUUCAAGCCGUCCAGCGGCACCAUGCACGAACUGAACUUCCGCAGUUCCUCCAAUGUCUGGGGCUACUUCUCCGUCGGGACCGCCGGCGGGAUCCAUUCCUUCUCCGACAGUCAGUUCGGCCAUAUCUUUGCCUACGGCGAGAACCGAUCGGCCUCGCGGAAGCACAUGGUCAUCGCCCUGAAGGAGUUGAGUAUCCGGGGUGAUUUCCGCACCACCGUCGAAUACUUGAUCAAGCUGCUGGAGACCCCCGCCUUUGAGGACAACACCAUCACCACCGGAUGGCUGGACCAGCUGAUCUCCAACAAGCUGACCGCCGAGCGCCCGGAUCCGAUCGUCGCCGUGCUGUGCGGUGCCGUGACCAAGGCCCACCUGGCCAGCGAGGCCGGCAUCGAGGAGUACCGCAAGGGUCUCGAGAAGGGUCAGGUGCCCUCCAAGGACGUCCUCAAGACCGUCUUCCCCGUGGACUUCAUCUACGAAGGCCUGCGCUACAAGUUUACCGCCACCCGCGCCGGUCUCGAUAGCUACCACCUCUUCAUCAACGGCUCCAAGUGCUCCGUCGGCGUCCGUGCCCUGGCCGACGGCGGUCUCCUCGUUCUGCUCGACGGCCGCAGUCACAACGUCUACUGGAAGGAGGAGGCCGCGGCCACCCGGCUGAGUGUCGAUGGCAAGACCUGUCUGCUGGAGCAGGAGAAUGACCCCACCCAGCUGCGCACCCCCUCGCCCGGUAAACUGGUGAAAUUCACCGUCGAGAAUGGCGAGCACGUGCGCGCCGGCCAGCCCUUUGCCGAAGUGGAAGUCAUGAAAAUGUACAUGCCCCUGAUUGCGCAGGAGGAUGGCAUCGUCCAGCUGAUCAAGCAGCCCGGCGCCACCCUCGAAGCCGGGGAUAUCCUCGGGAUCCUGGCCCUGGACGACCCCUCGCGCGUCAAGCACGCGCAGCCCUUCACGGGCCAACUGCCCGACCUGGGUCCGCCGCAGGUGGUCGGGAACAAGCCGCCGCAGCGGUUCGUCCUCCUGCACAGCAUCCUGGAGAACAUCCUCAAGGGCUUCGACAACCAGGUCAUCAUGGGGGAUACCCUCAAGGAGCUGGUCGAAGUCCUGCGCGACGCCGACCUGCCUUACGGCGAGUGGAACGCCCAGUCCUCGGCCCUGCACUCCCGCAUGCCCCAGAAGCUGGACGCUCAGCUCCAGAACGUCGUGGACCGGGCCCGAUCCCGCAAGGCGGAAUUCCCGGCCAAGCAGCUGCAGAAGACCAUCCAGCGAUUCAUCGAGGAGAAUGUCCCCGCCGCCGAUGCCGAGAUCCUCAAGACCACCUUGUCGCCGCUGAUGCUCGUCAUUAACAAGUACCUGGAUGGCUUGAAGGGCCAUGAGUUCCAGGUGUUCAUCGGCCUUUUGGACCAGUACUACGAGGUGGAGAAGCUCUUCUCCGGCCGCAACAUCCGGGACGAGGAUGCCAUCCUGAAGCUCCGCGACGAGCACAAGGAUGACAUCACCAGCGUCGUCCAGACGGCCCUGUCGCACAGCCGCAUCGGAUCCAAGAACAACCUCAUCCUGGCCAUUCUGGCCCGCUACCGCCCCAACCAGCCCGGCGUGGGCAAUGUCGGCCAGUUCUUCAAGCCCAUCCUGAAGAAGCUCACCGAGCUGGAGUCUCGGUCCGCCGCCAAGGUGACCCUGAAGGCCCGUGAGGUUCUGAUCCAGUGUGCGCUGCCCUCGUUGGAGGAGCGGAUCGCCCAGAUGGAGAUGAUCCUGCGCUCCUCCGUCGUGGAGUCCCAGUACGGCGAGACCGGCUGGAACCAUCGGGAGCCCGACCUGGGGGCCCUCAAGGAGGUGGUCGACUCCAAGUACACCGUCUUCGAUGUCCUCCCCCGCUUCUUCGUCCACCAGGACGCUUGGGUCACUCUGGCGGCGUUGGAGGUUUACGUGCGCCGUGCCUACCGCGCCUACACGAUCAAGGAAAUCCAGUACAACUCCGACGGGGAACCCCCGCUGCUGUCGUGGGACUUCACCAUGGGCAAGCUGGGUCAGCCCGAAUUCGGCCCGCUCUCCACCACUCACCCCUCCACGCCGAGCACCCCCACGGCGGAGAUCAACCCCUAUAAGCGGAUUGCCUCCAUUAGCGACAUGUCCUACCUGGUGAAUGAUACCGCCGCCGAGGCCCCCCGAACGGGGGUCAUCCUCCCCGUCCAGUACCUGGAGGACACCGAAGAGUCCCUGACCAGGGCCCUGGAGGCGUUCCCUCGCGCCGCCAACUCCAAGCGGAAGCCCAGCAGCGACCACGGCCUGCUAGCCACCCUCGAGGGCAAGCGCCGCCCCGCCCUGCGCACCGAACAUCCCGACACCGAGCUGACCGGCGUGUGUAACAUUGCCGUUCGCGAUGUCGAGGACCUGGACGAUGCGCAGAUUGUUGCCCAGAUUACCCAGAUCCUGUCGGGCUUCAAGGAGGAGCUGCUUGCCCGCCGCGUCCGCCGCGUCACCUUCAUCUGUGGCCGAAACGGUCUCUACCCCAGCUACUACACCUUCCGGGGCCCCAACUACGACGAAGACGAGAGUAUCCGUCACAGCGAACCCGCCCUGGCCUUCCAGCUGGAACUGGGCCGCUUGUCCAAGUUCAAGAUCAAGCCCGUCUUCACGGAGAAUCGCAACAUUCACGUCUACGAGGCCAUUGGCAAGGGUCCCGAGAACGACAAGGCCGUCGAUAAGCGAUACUUUAUCCGUGCCGUGGUGCGUCCGGGUCGCCUCCGCGAUGAUAUCCCCACCGCCGAGUACCUCACCUCGGAGGCCGAUCGCCUGAUGAACGACAUUCUGGACGCCCUGGAGAUCAUUGGCAACAACAACUCGGAUCUCAACCACAUUUUCAUCAACUUCUCUCCCGUCUUCAACCUGCAGCCCAAGGAUGUGGAGGAGGCCCUGGCCGGUUUCUUGGAGCGCUUCGGCCGCCGUCUCUGGCGCCUGCGCGUCACCGGUGCGGAGAUCCGCAUCCUGUGCACCGAUCCGGCCACGGGUGUCCCCUACCCGCUCCGUGUGAUCAUCAGCAACACCUAUGGAUUCAUCAUUCAGGUCGAGCUCUACAUUGAGCGGAAGUCGGAGAAGGGCGAGUGGAUCUUCCAGAGCCUGGGCGGAACCACCAAGCUGGGCUCCAUGCAUCUGCGCCCCGUUUCGACCCCCUAUCCGACCAAGGAAUGGCUGCAGCCGAAGCGUUACAAGGCUCACCUGAUGGGCACCCAGUACGUGUACGACUUUCCCGAGCUCUUCCGCGAGGCCUUCCAGCACAGCUGGGCCAAGGCGAUUGAGAAGAUUCCCAGCCUGGCGGAGCAUCGUCCUCCCCUUGGCGAGUGCAUCGAUUACAGCGAGCUCGUCCUGGAUGACACGGACAAUUUGGUGGAAAUUUCCCGCGGCCCCGGUACCAACACCCACGGUAUGGUCGGUUGGAUCGUGACCGCCCGGACCCCCGAGUAUCCCCGUGGACGACGUUUCAUCAUUGUCGCCAACGAUAUCACCUUCCAGAUCGGUUCCUUUGGUCCUCAGGAGGACAAGUUCUUCCACAAAUGUACCGAACUCGCAAGAAAGCUGGGGAUCCCCCGCAUCUACCUCUCUGCCAACUCCGGCGCUCGGAUCGGGAUGGCCGAUGAGCUGAUUCCCUACUUCUCUGUCGCCUGGAACAAUCCCGAGAAGCCGGAGGCGGGAUUCAAGUACCUCUACUUGACCCCCGAGGUCAAGAAGAAAUUCGACGCCAGCCAGACGACGACGACGAAGAAGAAGGAGGAGGUCCUCACCGAGAUGAUCCACGAUGAGGGUGAGGAGCGCCACAAGAUCACCACCAUCAUCGGCGCCAAGGACGGCCUGGGUGUCGAGUGCCUGAAGGGCUCCGGUCUGAUUGCCGGAGCGACCUCCAAGGCAUACGAAGAUAUCUUCACCAUUACCCUGGUGACCUGCCGCUCGGUUGGUAUCGGUGCCUAUCUCGUCCGUCUCGGACAGAGAGCGAUCCAAGUGGAGGGCCAGCCGAUCAUCCUGACCGGUGCCCCCGCCAUCAACAAGCUGCUGGGAAGAGAGGUCUACACCUCCAAUCUCCAACUGGGUGGCACCCAGAUCAUGUACAAGAACGGUGUCUCCCACAUGACGGCCACCGAUGACUUUGAGGGUGUCCAGAAGAUUGUCGAAUGGUUGUCCUUUGUUCCCGAGAAGAAGGGCGCCCCCACGCCCAUCCGCCCCUGGUCGGAUACUUGGGACCGUGAUGUGGCCUACUACCCGCCCUGUAAGCAGGCCUACGAUGUGCGUUGGCUCAUCGCCGGUAAGGAAGACGAGGAAGGCUUCCUUCCUGGUCUUUUCGACACUGGAUCCUUCGAGGAAGCCCUGGGCGGCUGGGCUCGCACCGUCGUCGUGGGUCGUGCCCGACUUGGUGGUAUCCCCAUGGGUGUCAUCGCUGUGGAGACCCGCUCCGUGGAGAACGUUACCCCCGCUGAUCCUGCCAACCCGGACUCCAUGGAAAUGAUCACUACGGAGGCCGGCGGUGUCUGGUACCCUAACUCUGCCUACAAGACCGCUCAAGCUCUUCGUGACUUCAACCAUGGUGAACAGCUUCCGGUGAUGAUCCUCGCCAACUGGAGAGGGUUCUCUGGCGGUCAGCGCGAUAUGUACAACGAAGUCCUCAAAUACGGUUCUUACAUUGUCGAUGCUCUCGUCAAGUACGAGCAGCCGAUCUUUGUUUACAUUCCUCCCUUUGGCGAGCUUCGUGGUGGUUCCUGGGUUGUCAUCGAUCCUACCAUCAACCCCGAUCAGAUGGAAAUGUAUGCCGACGAGGAAGCACGCGGUGGUGUUCUCGAGCCCGAGGGUAUCGUCAACAUCAAGUUCCGCCGUGAAAAGCAGCUCGAGACCAUGGCUCGCCUGGACGCAACCUACGGAGAACUCCGCCGCUCUCUCGAGGACUCCUCCCUGUCCAAGGAUCAGCUUUCCGAAAUCAAGCAAAAGAUGGCUGCGCGGGAAGAACAGCUCCUGCCGGUCUACAUGCAGAUCGCUCUGCAGUUCGCUGAUCUCCACGAUCGUGCCGGCCGUAUGCAAGCGAAGGAGACUAUCCGUCGUGCGCUAACCUGGAAGAACUCUCGUCGUUUCUUCUACUGGCGUCUGCGCCGCCGUCUCAGCGAGGAGCUCAUUGUCAAGCGCAUGAUGGAAGUGGCUCCUUCUCCUGUGACUCGCGAGGGUAGCGGGGCUAUCCCCUCCGACCAGACCGAUAGCCUGCCUUCCACCAAUGGCUCCCCUCGCUCCACUCACCUGCGCACUCUGCAAUCCUGGACUGGAUUCCUCGACGAGGAUCUGGAGAACGAUGACCGCCGCGUCGCCAUGUGGUAUGAGGAGAACAAGAAGGCCAUCCAGACCAAGAUUGAAGCCCUCAAGACCCAGGCCGUUGCCGCCGAUGUCGCCCAACUCCUCUUCAGCGACAAGCAGGGUGGUCUCAAGGGUGUCCAGCAAGUGCUCAGCCUCCUCCCAGUUGAAGAAAAGGAGGCUGUUCUCAAAUUCCUGGCUUCCAACUAACUAAAAGGUGGAAAAGAUUUUUCUCCAUUGUUUCUUUUCUGAAAACUUGCAAAAAAAAAAAAAAAAACCCUUUAUUGUUUCUAUUUUCCUUUGUCAUUCCACCCAUGAUGUCGAUUAGUUAUGCAUGAUGACUGACUGUCAAAAGGGUUCAUGGUAUGGGUUCAUUGCAUCCGUUCUUGCCCUCUUGUUUUUGUUCUUGGCUGGGUUAGAAAGGUAUACACGAUAUGGUAUGGUAUGGCAUGGUUUGGCUGUUCUUGCACAUGGUCUCUCAUCUUUUUUUUUUUUUUUUUUUUUUCCCC